AUGGAGAGUAAGGCCGACCAGCUUGUGAAAGAGGCUGAUAAGUCGCUCAAGGGCUUCUCAUUGGCGAAGUAUUUCAGGGGUGACAGGUACGAAAGUGCACGCGACAAGUUCAAGCAGGCGGCGACGCACUACAAGGCAUGCAACAACUACACCAAGGCUGCCAAGGCGUAUGAGCGAGCCGCUGACAUGUCGAGGGCCUACAAGGACGAAGUGGAUGAAACAACAGACCUUGAAGAUGCUGCGAUGUGCUAUGUCAAAACCAACGAUAAAAAGACGGCAGCGGCCUUAUAUACACUGGUGCUUGGCCAGUAUGAGAAAAAUCAAAUGCAUAUCAAAGCUGCAAAAAUCUGCGUCAGUUUGAGCGAGAUUACAGAGGGGACGGCUCCGAUAACGUGGCUCGAGAAGGCAGCCGUGUACUACCAGAUGCAGGGGUCACGGGCUUCGGCCGAUGGGUUGAGACAAAAGGUGGCAGAGACAAAGGCAAGACUGGGUGACUACAAGGGCGCGCGUGAGUUAUAUGAGCAACUCGCUCGUGAUACGUUGAACGAUGCGGUGUUGCGUAGUGCGGCGCGAAAGCUGUUUUUCAUGGCGCUUCUGACGCAACUUGCCACUUUUACGGGGGAAAGUAUUAUGGAAGACGUGACUGAGUUGCGUGAGCGGUUUGAUGAGUAUCAGGAGCUAGACACGCAGUUUGACCACCUUACUCGCGAGCACAUGCUUGUGAGUGCCAUCAUCGAGGCCAUACAGGAGGAGAGCGUGGAGAAGAUGGACGCGGCGAUCAUGGACUACGACAAGAUCUGUGUAUUGGAUGAGCUGAAGGAGAAGAUGCUUACCCGCGCCAAGCAUGCACUCAUUGGUCGUCUUCAUGACCUUCGCUAA